AUGACACAUUUAAGUGAUUUUUCAUAUCUGCAAAGAUGUGCAUUAGAAGUAUAUAUGGGAGUAUUUCUAUUCUAUAGAGUUUGGUCGAAUGAUAGAAUGCGAUGUCUACAUCCCAAGAGAAUUUUCGCUGGCGAAUUGAGAAGUAUCAUCACAGUACUGUAUAUACUAAUGCUGGUGAUGCAGACAUCGUGGGAUGUCGUGUCGACAUGGAUCAAAUACACCGAGAAAUUCAUCGUCAUUCCAGGCACAGACAAAAUCAUCUCUAAACCGUUCGACUACUGGUCCAAGGAACAUCAGGAUGUUGCUCAGGCCAUGGAUUAUGUAGAAUGUGUCAACCUGUCUAUGCAAACCGGCGUCUUUUUCCUCCUGCAGUGCUUUUGGAACUAUCUUUCCAAUACUGUAGCCAAAAAGUCCUUUAUGAGUUCUUGGGAGUUCAAAUUUUACAUCUUUUGGGCUUUGGGCAGCGUAGCCGUUUUCCCAAUUCUGCAAUGGUACUACAGAAAUGAUGAAAGCUUGAGAGAGACAGCUCCUCAAUUAGCUUACUCUAUUGAGGUGCUCAUCACAUCAUUGCUGGGCAUCCGCUCUGACCGUAGAUUCAGACGUAUCCUCAACAUUUCUCGUAAUUUAAAGCAUGGCGGUGCAGCCAUUGUUGAGAAGCUUGCCUACUUUAAGGACAUGAACAUCUACCUCACGACUGUUCUCUUUUUUUACGCUCUCAGUCUUGGUACUCUUUGUGUCGAUGGCUUGACCGCUUCCAAGACUAUCAACUCCAACAAAUUUGCAUCCGAUUUAUUGAUUGCCAACUGUAAUACAGCAUCUGUGCUGAUGUGGAUUGUUGGUAUUUCUAUUUUCCAUCCUCGUCGUUCUAACGCAGACAUUGAAGCUAGUGUUGACUCAAGGAGUAUGACUACGACUACGCAAGGCCGAUUCCAUCAGCCUACAUCUACUAAUGACAUUGAGAACAACCACACAAAUAGCAUGAGAUUUAAUGAAAAUAAAAAUGCUGGCAACCUUCGUUUUGGUACCAACAAUUCGACUGUGAUGGCAAACGAUUCGUCUACAUUGUACGAGCCCACUUCAAGGGAACUGAUAAACGGCAGCAACGGUAGCUUCCUGAGACCCAUGUCUCCUGUCGAAGUAGACCACCCUACCAUCGGCAAUGAGCAGCGUUCGUUCACACCUACCAAUCACUUUACACCUACCACUGCCAACCGCAACGUCUCCAUUGAUGAUCCUUAUAGUAACCAUGCAAUCAACUUUACCAUGAUGGAACCUAUCAAUAACAAAAAGUUCAACACAGUGCAGCAGCAAUCAUCCGUUGCAGGAAGAGACUCAUAUGAAGCAUCGUAUCGAUCUGCAUCUCCCAAACAACAACACCGCCAAGAUUAUCCCAUGCAAACCAUGAGCGGUGCUGCUAUCAGUCAUCAUGAUGAUUUCAAAUUUGACCCUCUUCAGGAUGACCAAGCAUUUGACUACAUGCAAACACCCACAAAGGCCAAAACUAACAAUACAAGCAAUUACUUUUAA